UUAGCCGUGAAAGCGUGGGUAAUGGUAGGAAACUGAAAAGGAGAAAAUAUCACUUGCUCGUUCAGCACUCCAGCGAGGAUGAAUGGGACACACAACGUGACUUACCAGAACAGUACACCGUUGGCUGUCGCUUACUCCUUCGUGGUUUUGCUGGGACUGCCACUGAACGCACUGUCACUGUGGAUCCUCGUCUGCAGACAUGGGCUCCGGGCGGCCAACACCAUCAUCAUGGCCAACCUGGCCGUCUCAGACCUUCUCCUGAUCCUCUCUCUGCCCCUACGGAUCGUCUUGCACAUCAAACCCAGUGAGACCUUGAUGAAGAUCCCCUGCCAGCUGAUGACCUAUUUCUUCCGAGCCAACAUCCUGUCCAGCUCCUUCUUCAUCACCUUCAUCAGCGUGGACCGCAUGCUGGCUCUGGUCUACCCACUGCGCUCUCGGGUGGUGCGCUCUCCCAGGACAUCAGGGAUCGCUUGCGGUGCAGUGUGGUUGCUGGCAAUGACAUACAGCAUUUCUCAUGUAUUCAGGUUGAAAUCAUUCUAUACCUGCAUUCCUACGAUUACCUGGAAUAAGUUGGGUGAUUUUAACACUACCAUUGAGAAUGAGUUGUCACCACCCUUCUUUGCGUUAACCCUAUCGGUUUGCCUGCCCCUCUUGUUCAUUGUCAACGUGAUUUCCACAGCCAGAGUUGUGUGGAGCCUAAACAAUCGUCAGAUGGACCUGGCUGGGUACAGUGUGAAAAGGGUGAUGUUGAUUUUCCUUGUCAAUGUGCUGAUAUUUGCCCUCUUUUUGCCUUUCAUCGUCAUGUUGCUAUGGAAUCUCAACCAGCUUAACCUGGAGCUUCUAGAGGUAACAUUGUGUCUCUCAACCUUCAACUGUUGCCUGGACCCACUGGUUUACUAUUUCGCUUUAGAUGGUUUCUGGGAAAGAAAGAAAAACCUUGAUGUGUAAUGUGAUACUGCUUCAAGACUUUGGCAAACCUGAGAGACACUUUAGAAUAGAAUCAGUUCAGAAUAGUAUGAUUAGAAUCAGUGGCUUACUAUCCUGAUGCUUUUUAGAUAAUUCAUAGGCGGUGUCUAGACUUAUUUAAAUAUCCUGCCACCUCUUAUCCAUUGAUAGGACAUGGGGCAGGCAGAAUAGGGCACGAGGCAGAGGAAUGCACUUGAUGGGAUGUCAGGAUGGACACACACAAACAAAACGGACAAUUUAUAGAUGCCAGGUCAUCUAACUGCUUGACUGAGGUAAGCAGAGUACCUGCGGGAAACCAGCCGAGCACAGGAUACGUACUCCACAGAGAGAGAGAAGAGUGAGAUUCAAACCCACAAACCUGUGAGGCAACAGUAUUAUCUGCUGCACAAUGUUACCCGAAACUCUGGGCUUUGCUUUUCAUUAACUCAGUAUAUUUACUGAUGAUACAGAUUUUUUAAAUGAUUUUUGGGGUUUUUUCCACUUAUGUCUGCACUGCCUGUCUCUGUGGAGAAUUUUUUUUAUCAAAUAAGUGUGAAAUAUACAUUUAUAUGAAACUAAUUUGCAACUAAAGAAAGACUCUCUUGUUCAUCUCUUUGCUGAUAUGUACAAUGAAAGAAGACAUGUUUCAUUUAUGCUGGGUCACUUCCUUGUCACAGAUGUGGUAAACAAACAGAAGAGGAUGUAUGGCUAUACACCGAAAUGGCACCUCAUCGCUGCUGGCCUUUCAGCAUCGCUCAAAAACCUAAAAAUACUCAAAGAAUACAUAUGUAUAAACAUGCAAUGUGUAUUGUGCUGGAUAUAAAGGCUUUAGAUUAUAGUAUUGUUUUUUUUAGAAGGAGAUUAAAGCUACGUGGACGACUGAAACAGAUUAAAAACAAUUUUGCAAGGCUUACAAAUAGUGGGUGUAUUUUAUAAUAAAAAAAAUAAGAUUAGUCUUUUGAUGUCACGUCGCGUGCAGUCGAGCGGGCAAGCAGGUGAUCGAGAUGGUAAUAGGAGGUGAAGCGGGGUUUAUUUUGGCUUCACAAGUAGACAAGGGAGCACACCACAUACGAACGUCAAUUACAGACCUGAGGAAACAGACUUGAACGCGGACUAAAUACACAAGACAAGCAGAAAACAACAGGCAACAGGUGAUCACAA